AUGAGCUCUUCAGCGUCGUUUGUUGCGUUUUGUUGCGUUUUGUUGCGUUUUGUUGCGUUUUGCUGCGGAUUCUCAUUGAAAGCAUACGAGGAGCUGGGAGAGAGGAAGCUAUGGGAAGUUCAACAUGAGUCUGCUGUCCCGGCCGCUGGGUUCGACAAAGCUCUGGAGUAUUUCUCCUCCCCCAAAGCCGAUGCUAUCAGGGCCCCGAAGAGUGUUGACCUGGGCUACUCCAUGGCGAACUACUUCAUAUCGUCAAGCCAUAAUACAUACUUGACUGGGGACCAACUUUUCAGCGACUCGAGCACCGACGGGUACAAGAACGUCCUUCUGCGCGGUUGCCGCUGCGUAGAGAUUGAUGUGUGGGAUGGUGAGGAGGACAGCUCAUCCGAUUCAAGCUCAGACAACGAGCCGCCUCUAAAGCCAGUCGCUCAUGUGAAGACAGGCCUUCGUGAGAGGCUCAAGUCCAAAAUCAAAGAGACAGCCGAAAAGAAAUCCCCGGCGAAACCCCCGUCGAAAUCUCCACCAGGUGAGACGGCCUCGAGCGCAGGGCAGACGCCCUCCCGUUGCCGCUCGAAUUCCUCUCGCGUGGAGCCACGGGUGUUGCACGGCUAUACCGCCACCAAGGAAAUCCCAUUCCGUGCAGCGUGCGAAGCGAUUCGAGACUAUUCGUUCGUGGCCAGCGACCUUCCUGUGAUCAUUUCCUUGGAAGUGCACACCUCGCAUGAACAACAGGAGAUCAUGGUCGAGAUCAUGGAAAGCACGUGGAAGGGCAUGCUCGUCGACCUGCCCGACGAUGUCGGGGAUAACACCUCUCUUCCCGUCCCGAACGACCUGCGGAACAAGAUCCUAAUCAAGGUGAAGUAUACCCCCACGGAAGCUCAGAAGCCAGGCGCGGGCAGUGGAAAAGCGGGAGAGGCGCAGCACGAAGGAUCACCCGAGGGCACUGAGGAGCCUGCAAAGAAAAGCAAGAUCAUUGCAGCGCUCUCUAAGCUCGGUGUCUACACAAGAAGUUAUCACUUCAAAGAUUUCCUGCAGCCAGAGGCUGCUAUUCCAACCCACAUCUUCUCACUUUCUGAGGGUGCUCUGAUGGAAGUGCAUGAGAAAGAUCCUAAGGGGUUGUUCGGUCACAACCGCCAGUUCAUGAUGAGGGCCUACCCAAAGGGUACUCGUGUGUCAUCUUCUAACUUGGAUCCGAUUCUCUUCUGGAGACGAGGGGUCCAAGUCGUUGCCCUGAACUGGCAACGAUGGGACAAGGGCACCAUGUUGAACGAGGCCAUGUUUGCAGGGUAUGGCGGCUGGGUGCUGAAACCAGCGCCCUUCAGGAGUCAUAUAUCCAGCGAUAAAGGGGCAGCGCUUCAGAAGACUCCUUCCGUUCCAACGACCGCCUUCUCGGCCAUCGACUUAUCGAUUACCUUCUACGCGGGACAGGACAUUCCCUUACCCAAGGACGAAAAGGAGAAGAGCUUCGAUCCAUACGUGAAAUGUGAAUUGCAUGUCGAGUCGGAGCCUUUGCCGGGCGGUGAAGGAACAAAGGCCAAGGACGGCGAGCUCAAGAAGAAGACCAAGACGGCGAGCGCGGGCACAAAUCCCGAUUUCAAGGGCGAAACCCUUGCCUGGAGCAAUAUUUCUGGGGUCCUGCCAGAAAUGGCUUUCGUCAGGUUCAAAGUCAUGGACAACGAUAAGAUUGGACGGGAUGACUUCGCAGCCUGGGCAUGCGUGCGACUGGAUCGUCUGCAACCCGGUUUCCGGAUCGUUCACCUCUUUGGUCCCAAUGGUGCCAAGACGAAGGGGAUCCUCCUGAUCAAAGUCGACAAAAGGUUCAGAGUCAGUUGA